AUGGAGAUGCAACCGCGGACGAUAGCAUGGAUCUUUAUCGCCUGUGCCUUGGGCAUCGGGUUGCACCUUUGCCUGAAUGAUCCCGACCAUUCUCUGCCUCGCGCCCUCCAAUUCAUGGUGUACGGGGCUGGCAUCCUUACGGGGAUCCUCGUAGGCGUCUGGCGAUUACCCGCUGCGGGCAUCCACCCCUACACGCCUCGAGUUGAGAUGUGGAAGCAGCUCACGGGCAAGGAGGUGGAGAAGGACAACGAGUUUGCCACGAAGGCCAAGACCUGGGGCAUCAAGAACGAGAGCGCCGCCGUAGAAGUCUAUGCAGCUCUCCGCCUGAACAAGAGCAUCAUGCCCAACCACACGCAAUACCGCCACAAGACUCAUCGGUGGCUCGUGGGCAUACCCGACGCCUUGAUCGUGGACACCAAGACUGGUAAGGUCGAGGGAAUCCUCGAGGUGAAGUGCCCCUACGCGCCGGACAUGAGUCGGGUGGUGCCGCACCAGACCAUGUCUGCUAUUUAUUACCACAUGCCCCAGGUGCAGGGCUACAUGGAGAUCCUGGACGUGGAGUACUGUGAUCUCAUGAGCUACACGACCAAGGGGAGCGUGAUCUUUCGGUUCAUGCGCGAUCGCGCCUACUGGCUGGAGAUGCUGCCCGCGUUGGUCGAGUUUUGGACGCACAUGCGACGAGACACCCCACCAUCAGAGAAGCACGCAAACAGCAAGACUCUUGAGAAGUAA